AUGGGAAAGGGGACUGACAAGCUCUAUAUUACACAUUCCGAGUGGUCGUCGUCGGGUGCCUAUUCCGCCAGUGCAGGCGCCAAGUCUUCGUCACUGGGCGGACCUGGGGCUGCUCCAUUUCGUCGUCUGCCCUUUAACUUUUGCGCCGCCAGUCUCCAACCUUUCAAGAACCCAGUUUGUACGCCCGAUGGCACCAUUUUCGAUGUCGAGGUCAUAAGCGCAUGGCUCGAGAAACACCCAAACCAAAAUCCCGUUAAUGGCGAACCCCUUCACAAGAAGGACUUGAUCCGCUUGAACUUUGCGCGCAAUGCUACUUCAGACUCCCUCGGUGCUGGGCUGAGCGACGGCAAAGGCGACUUGAUCGAUCCAGUGACCUACAAAAUCUUCACCGACAACACUCACAUUGUGGCUAUUCGCCAUGGCACGUAUGCGAAUGUGUUUGCGUGGGAGACGGUAGAGCGCAUGAAUAUCAAGGCCAAACUGUGGCAGGACCUCGUCGACGACGAGCCGUUUACCCGAGCCGAUAUUAUUACCUUGCAAGAUCCUCAGAAUGCCGCUAGUCGUAAUCUCGAGCAAUUCAAGUACCUCAGAGACGGAGAAGGGGCACAGCUUACCAAGGCGCAAGAGGAGGAGCGCAGUGCAGGUGGCGUCAAUGCCGGCGCGCUGGGAAGCAUGGGAGACAAGGUGCUGAAGGCAAAAGCCGCUGUUGAGAAGGCCCGCAAAGCACGAGAAGCCGGGGGAGAUGUCAACCGGAGCUCUGGCGCUUUGGCAAAACCCUCAGCCACAUCGACGGGUCCAUUGUCGACCACGGCGGCAUCCCAGCCUGCCAUCAAGAACAAAAAGCUGGCCGCAAACGCAGCUGCCUACACCACCGGAAAGGCGGCCGCGAGCUUCACGAGUACUGGCUUGACGCCGGAAACCAGCGGCGAGCGGGCCUUGUUGACCGAUGAGGAGUUCAUGCUCAAGCCGAAGCGGGUCAAAACCAAGGGCUACGCUCGCAUAGAGACCAACCUGGGCGACUUGACCGUUGAGCUACACACCGACACGGCGCCGAGAGCAGUCUGGAACUUCGUCAGGCUGGCGCAGACGGGCUACUACAAAGGCGUCGCCUUUCAUCGAAAUAUACCCAACUUUAUGAUUCAGGGUGGUGAUCCGUCGGGGACCGGCAAGGGAGGCUCAAGUAUAUGGGGCAAGUACUUCAAUGACGAGUUUGACGGGCCACACACGCAUAACACCAGAGGCAUAUCAACACCCCAUCUCGACCGGAAACACACGAUAUUUGGACUCGUGGUCGACGGCAAGGACGUCCUCUCCAAGAUGGAGGCGGUUCAGACGGACGGGUCCAACAGACCUCUCAACAAAAUAUUCAUUAGAGACGUGGUCGUGUUCGUAGACCCCUUCGAGGAGUUCCAGACACAGAGGAAGGAACAAGAACGGCAAGAACACGAGCAGGAAGAGAUCCGUCGCAAGGGCGGCACUGAUGACGACAGGACGACUUGGACGGGGAAGCGGAUACGGGGGGAUGGGACCAUCGUCCCGGCCGACGGAAAGGACAGUGUGGGCAAAUAUUUAAAUAAAGAUUCUGUUUCAGGUUAUGGGAGUGACGGGUCAGAGGCUCUUGGCUCUUGGCUGGAGGGUUGGGAAGAGCCAGUGCGGAAGAAGAUGAAGGGAAGUGGAGGUUUUGGCAACUUUGAUAGUUGGUAG